GGCUGCAAGAUGGCUGCUACUUUUUUAUUAGGAUUGUUUUUAGAUUUGUUACUUACUUUUGUCUGUUUUAUAGUUUACAUUACGGCAAACGGUGUUUGGAGAAACUACUAGAAAGUCCAGUCGUGAUUUUUUUUAAUUUUAUUUUUAUUUAAAGAAAUCUCGACGAGGUUUAAUAGGAAUAGAAGAUGAUGCUGAAAAUGGAGCCUGUAAACUUUUCUUUACUUUUUUGGCCUCCGUUAGCAUCACCGAACUAAAGGAGUAAACUUCACACACACACACCAUGUCGUGGCUGAUCGACUAUAUUUGGGGGGCAAGCUAUGCUAUCAGCACACGGGCCCCUUCCUCUGGCGAUGCUCCUCCCCUUUGGUCAGAAAGCCCCUCCCUCUCCAGACAGUCACUCCCCCAGUCUGGCGCUCUGUCCUGGCAAGCUGCGAUCACUGCGGCAAGAAACGCCAGGGCCGAAGGCGCCCAGACUAUAUGUACAUCGGACAGCGCUCCAGUAGGCUCGCUGUCGCAGAGGAAGAGGCAGCAGUAUGCCAAGAGCAAGAAGCAGGGUAGCGCCACCAACAGCAGGCCUCCACGGGCGCUCUUCUGCCUCACUCUCAACAACCCGAUACGCAGGGCCUGCAUCAGCCUGGUGGAGUGGAAACCCUUUGAUAUCUUUAUAUUGCUGUCUAUUUUUGCCAACUGCGUGGCCUUAGCUGUUUACAUCCCCUUCCCUGAAGACGAUUCCAAUUCAACUAAUCAUGACCUGGAGACAGUAGAAUAUGCCUUCCUGAUCAUUUUUACUAUCGAGACCUUUCUGAAGAUCAUAGCCUAUGGAUUGGUAAUGCACCAGAACUCCUACGUUAGAAACGGCUGGAACAUGCUGGAUUUCAUUAUAGUCAUAGUGGGGCUGUUCAGCGUGGUUCUGGAGCUCAUGACCAAAGAGGGAGAAUCAGGUCAGUCUGGAGGGAAGCCGGGUGGCUUUGAUGUCAAAGCUCUGCGAGCGUUUCGUGUGCUCCGCCCACUACGGCUCGUCUCAGGAGUGCCCAGCUUACAGGUUGUGCUGAACUCCAUUAUUAAAGCCAUGGUUCCUCUACUGCACAUUGCUCUGCUUGUGCUCUUCGUUAUCAUCAUCUAUGCCAUCAUUGGCCUGGAGCUCUUCAUUGGGAAGAUGCAUGCCACCUGUUACGUGAAUGGCACACGUACGUUAGCAGAGAGCGACCCUACCCCCUGCACUCUGUCAGGUCAUGGACGCCUCUGUAAUGGUAGCACAUGUAGAGAUGGCUGGCAGGGACCCAACAAUGGAAUCACUAACUUUGACAACUUCCUGUUUGCAAUGUUGACUGUGUUCCAGUGUAUCACCAUGGAGGGCUGGACAGAUGUGCUGUAUUGGAUGAAUGAUGCCAUGGGUUUUGAGCUGCCAUGGGUCUACUUCGUCAGUCUAGUCAUCUUUGGUUCCUUCUUCGUCCUCAAUCUUGUUUUGGGUGUUCUUAGUGGAGAAUUCUCUAAGGAGCGUGAGAAAGCUAAGGCACGUGGAGAUUUCCAGAAGCUGCGAGAGAAGCAGCAGUUGGAGGAGGACUUGAAAGGCUACCUGGACUGGAUCACUCAGGCUGAGGAUAUUGACCCGGAGAAUGAAGAGGAUGGAGACCAAGAGGGAAAACGCAACCGGGUGACGAUGGCCGAUCUCACCCAGGAGAAGAAGGCAGGGAAGUCGGGCUGGUUCAGUCAGUCCACAGAGACUCAGGCGAGUAUGCCAACCAGUGAAACGGAGUCUGUUAACGCAGACAGUCCAAAUGGAGACGAUGACAAAAUCUGCUGUUGUGGACCAGUCUGUCAAAAAAUUACUAAGUCAAAGUUCAGGUCAGUAAACAACCGUAGCUGGCGACGCUGGAACAGAUUCUGUCGCAGGAAGUGCAGAGCAGCGGUGAAAUCUACCACUUUCUACUGGCUGGUCAUUGUCCUGGUGUUCCUUAACACUCUCACCAUAUCCUCUGAACACCACAACCAACCUGUCUGGCUCACCGAAGUACAAGAUGUAGCCAACAAGGUGUUGCUGGCCAUGUUCACGUGUGAGAUGCUGAUUAAAAUGUACAGCCUGGGCCUCCAGGCGUAUUUCGUGUCCCUGUUCAACCGCUUCGACUGCUUUGUGGUGUGCGGCGGCAUCGUGGAGACCAUCCUCGUCGAGCUGGAGAUCAUGUCGCCUCUCGGCAUCUCUGUGUUCCGUUGCGUCCGUCUGCUCCGCAUCUUUAAAGUCACUCGUCACUGGGCAUCUCUGAGUAACUUAGUCGCCUCUCUGCUGAACUCCAUGAAGUCCAUUGCCUCCUUGUUACUGCUGCUCUUCCUCUUCAUCAUCAUCUUCAGCCUGCUGGGCAUGCAGCUGUUUGGGGGCAAAUUCAACUACGAUGAAACAGUGACUAAAAGGAGCAACUUUGACAACUUCCCUCAGGCCUUGCUCACUGUCUUUCAGAUCCUGACAGGUGAGGACUGGAACUCAGUGAUGUAUGAUGGGAUCAGGGCAUAUGGCGGUCCUUCCUCUUCAGGCAUGAUGGUGUGCAUCUACUUCAUUAUUCUUUUCAUCUGUGGAAACUACAUCCUGCUGAAUGUCUUCUUGGCUAUUGCCGUGGACAACCUGGCUGAUGCGGAGAGCCUGAACACGGCACAGAAAGAGCAGGAGGAAGAAAACAAGAGGAAGAAGAGAGCCAGGAAAGGUAGCAUGGACAAGAAAGGAGAGGAUAAAGGAGGUGAAGAUGGAGAAACUAAGGUUGCAUUAGAGGAGGACACCGGGGAUGAGGAAAGAGAGGCAGUUAAUUCUACAGAUGUGGAUGAUGACGAUGAUGUUCCAUCAGAACCCCGUCCUCAGAGGCUGUCGGACUUUAGCCUCAAGGAGAAGGUCCUGCCCAUUCCAGAGGGCAGCGCUUUCUUCAUCUUCAGCCACACAAAUCCGUUCCGUGUGGGCUGCUAUCACCUGAUCAACCACCAGGUCUUCACCAACAUUACUCUUGUCUUCAUCAUGCUUAGCUCCUUCUCACUGGCAGCCGAGGACCCUAUACGGAACCACUCACCACGGAACAUCAUUCUUGGUUAUUUUGACUAUGCCUUCACAGCUAUCUUUACAGUAGAGAUCCUAUUGAAGAUGACAGCCUAUGGCGCGUUCCUGCACAAAGGAGCAUUCUGCAGAAACUACUUCAACCUGCUGGAUUUGCUAGUCGUUGGAGUUUCUUUGGUGUCCUUUGGCAUACAGUCUUCAGCCAUCUCUGUUGUAAAGAUUCUAAGAGUACUGCGAGUGCUUCGUCCUCUUAGAGCCAUCAACAGGGCCAAAGGAUUGAAACAUGUCGUGCAGUGUGUGUUUGUGGCCAUCAGAACCAUUGGCAACAUCAUGAUUGUCACCACUCUGCUACAGUUCAUGUUUGCCUGUAUUGGUGUGCAGCUCUUCAAGGGGAGGUUUUACAGCUGUACAGACGAAGCCAAGUUGAGUCAAGAAGAAUGCAAAGGGACAUACAUACUGUAUAAUAUUGGUGAUAAUGCCUUACCACAAGUGCAGAAAAGGGAAUGGAUCAACAAUCAAUUCAACUUUGACAACGUUCUGAAGGCUAUGUUGGCUCUCUUCACUGUGUCAACCUUUGAGGGCUGGCCAUCCCUCUUACACAAGGCUAUAGACUCAAACCAAGAAAACAUGGGGCCCAUAUACAACUAUCGCAUCGAGAUCUCCAUCUUCUUCAUCAUCUACAUUAUCAUCAUCGCCUUCUUCAUGAUGAACAUCUUUGUGGGUUUCGUCAUCGUCACCUUUCAGGAGCAGGGAGAGAAGGAGUACAAGAACUGUGAGCUGGACAAAAACCAGCGUCAGUGUGUGGAGUACGCUUUGAAAGCUCGUCCAUUACGGAGAUAUAUUCCAAAGAACCACUACCAGUAUAAGUUCUGGUAUGUGGUAAAUUCCACUGGUUUCGAGUAUGUCAUGUUCAUCCUCAUUAUCCUCAACACACUCUGUCUGGCUGUACAGCAUCAUGGCCAGUCUCAGCACUUUAAUUAUGCUAUGGACAUUCUCAACAUGAUGUUCACAGGAGUCUUCACAGUGGAAAUGAUUCUUAAACUCAUCGCCUUCAAACCCAGGGGUUAUUUUGGCGAUGCCUGGAAUGUGUUUGAUGCCCUGGUCGUGAUUGGCAGCGUAGUACACAUCAUUCUGAGUCAGGUAGAUAACACCGAGGAUAGCGGACGAAUUUCCAUCACAUUCUUUCGUCUGUUUCGAGUCAUGCGUUUGGUCAAGCUGCUGAGCAGAGGAGAGGGCAUUCGGACACUACUCUGGACUUUCAUCAAGUCAUUUCAGGCUCUGCCGUAUGUCGCUUUGCUGAUAGCCAUGCUCUUCUUCAUCUACGCAGUAAUCGGGAUGCAGGUAUUCGGGAAGAUUGAGAUGAAGGAUGACUCGGAGAUUAAUCGCAACAACAACUUCCAGACUUUUCCCCAAGCUGUACUCCUGCUAUUUAGAUGUGCUACAGGAGAGGGUUGGCAGGAGAUCAUGUUAGCAUGUAUGCCUGGUAGACCAUGUGACCCUCAAUCCGAAAUGGGCCCUGAUGACAAGAACUCGUGUGGCAGUAGUUUUGCAAUCAUCUACUUCAUUAGUUUCUACAUGCUCUGUGCUUUUCUGAUCAUCAAUUUGUUUGUGGCUGUCAUUAUGGACAAUUUUGACUAUCUGACACGCGACUGGUCAAUCCUUGGACCGCAUCACUUGGAUGAAUUCAAGAGGAUUUGGUCUGAAUAUGACCCAGAGGCAAAAGGGAGGAUUAAACACUUGGAUGUUGUGACAUUAUUGCGUAGGAUCCAGCCACCACUGGGCUUCGGUAAACUCUGCCCCCAUAGGGUGGCAUGUAAGAGGCUGGUUGCCAUGAACAUGCCUCUAAACAGCGACGGUACUGUCAUGUUUAAUGCCACCCUUUUUGCUCUGGUCAGAACGGCUCUGAAGAUCAAAACUGAAGGAAAUCUGGAACAGGCCAAUGAAGAGCUGAGGGCAGUUAUCAAGAAGAUCUGGAAGAGAACUAGUUCAAAACUCCUAGAUCAAGUGGUACCACCUGCAGGAGAUGACGAGGUCACAGUGGGGAAGUUCUAUGCCACUUUCCUGAUACAGGACUACUUCAGAAAAUUCAAGAAACGCAAAGAGCUAGGUCUUGUGGGACGGCACCCUACCAGUCAUAACACCGCCAUUGCACUACAGUCACGGCCAAUUUCCAUCCCCCAGUUAGGUCUCCUCUGUCACAUAACAGCGACCCACAGACACCUGUUAAUGGCUGGUCUGCGGACACUGCAUGACAUUGGCCCUGAGAUUCGCAGAGCCAUAUCAUGUGACCUACAAGAUGAAGACCUGGUAGAUUUUAACCCUGAUGAAGAAGAAGAUAUAUACCGGAGAAAUGGUGGCCUCUUUGGAAACCAUGUCAAUCAUGUAAACGGAGAUCACAGAGGCUCGUCUACCUCCACUAACGUCACCCAGCGACCCCUCCACGUCCCACCCAUUCCCUUCUAUGUCCAGGUUGAGCCUCAUCCACAGCCCCUUUACGCCCAAAAUCGUCCGUGUUCAAACCCCAACUUGUACUUCAAAUCCCCCAAGUCCUCGAACUCCAACCUCAACAAUGCCAAUGUGCCAUGCAUGCCUGUCCUGACCAAUGGAGGGCAGUACCGCCCUCACGCAGAUCGGCCCACCAGAAGCCGGGUGUCUUCCCUGGGUUCCUACCUCAACCUCAGGAGUGAUGCAGAAUCACAGCGAAAGUCUCAUUUUAAGAGACCACGAUACUAUGAGACCUAUAUUAGGUCAGAUUCAACAGCUGGUUUUUACCCUACUAUCUGUCGACAAGCCUCCAUCCACGGUGAUGGCAGUGAUGAUGACAGAGCUUCAGUGGAGUAUUACAGUGGGGAGGAGUUUCAGGAGGAUGACCUCAUGCUGGCUGGGGACAGGAGGUCAUAUAGAGAGUAUCAGGACACAGUAAGCAGUUUGGAGUCAGGCCCUCCUCAUGAGAACCAAGACCCGGAGUGUUUCUAUGAUGAUGAUGAAGAACAGCCUAUUUGCCAGGAACCGAAAAAAUCACCAAUGAGAAGGCUUCUGGCUUCAACACCUCAGGCUCCUCAUAGACCUUCCUUCAACUUUGAGUGUCUGUGCAGGCAAAGAAGCCAGGAUGAGACUCCACAUUCUCCCUCCUUUCAUCAGCACACUGCUCUACCUCUGCAGCUCAUGCAGCAUCAGGUGAUGGCUGUAGCUGGCCUAGACUCUAGCCAAGCACGACUCUCUCCUACACGUUCGAUCCACUCAUGGUCCACGCCCCCGGACACACCCCCAUCCUACACCCCUCUCAUCCAGGUGGACUGGCAUGGAGCUCCACCCAGUGCCAGCAGCACUCCAGCAUUGGCUCGUCGCAGUUCCUGGUACACCCAGAAGGGCCAUGAUUGGUCACCCAAAUCGGUCACACCCACUUCCUCCCUCUUACAGAUCCCACCCACCUACAGCAGUCAGUAUCUACAGCAGAGAGGAAGUGCUCAUAGUCUGGUGGAGGCAGUGUUGAUAUCAGAGGGACUGGGAAAAUAUGCAAAGGACCCAAAUUUUGUGGCAGCAGCCAAACACGAGAUUGCAGAUGCAUGCGAGAUGACUAUUGAUGAAAUGGAAAGCGCAGCAAGCAACUUGCUAAACGGAAGUCUGGGCAGUUGUAUGGGAUCAGAUGGCACAGAUACCACACCACCCCAGAGCAUCAUAGGCCACAGUCUCCAUAACUACAGCGAUGAGGAGACGGAGCCAAACAGUAAAUACGAGGAGGACCUCACAGACGAAAUUAUAUGCAUUUCAAAUUUAUAGCAUUUGCUAAAAAACAGAACAAACAAAUGAAAGGAGAAAUAGUGCCUUCUAGAGAAGUGGAGACAAACAACUCUCUGGGCCAAUCAACCAAGCAAAAUUCUAUCCCAUUCUACAGCUGUCACCUAACUGGGACAUGGGCUUGCUGCAGAAAAAUUAGACACAAGAAAUGUGAGCUCUCAACUGUAUGUAUGUGUGCGUGCGCGUGUGUGUUUCUCAACAGCUUUUUACAAGAAUAUUUUUCCACAUUCUUUACAUAUCAACCAAAAAAAAAAAAAGGUUUUGCAGUCAUAUCCCUCUCCAUUGCCUUACCCACAUACACAAAAGCUAGUAAUUAGCUUCAAUACACUGCCAUUCAUUGUCCAUUCCCAGUGUCACUCAAAAAGAAUCAAUAAAACAGCCAGAUAAAACUGUUAAGCAAUAUCACCCCGUAAGCAUAUUAUCAAACUUGAAAAACACAUCUUUACUGCAUAUGCAUGAGGGAGAAUCCGACAACACAGCAUAAAAUCUAGGCAAGUUUCUCCCAACAGUUACAAACUAUGUUAUCUAAUAAAGAUAAAAUAAUAAUUUUAGCACAAACACGGUAAUAUUCCACCCAGAACUAAAAGUAUUUAUGAAUAACACUUCAAGAACACGUCCAGCCAUGGUUUGAGCCAGUGUGAAUGCAAAUUGUACACGAUAUGCAUAAGAUCCUCUUUGUCCUUCUAAUGGGGCAGCUUUCAAAAUCGGCAUGCAUGUGCACAUAACCUGGAGGCAGAGUAAAUCUGCGUAAAAUAUAUAUUUUUUUUCUCUGCAAAGGUCUUUUUUUUUAAAUCAGAUUAGGAUUAAGUAAAGGAAAAAAUAAAUAAUUAAUUAAAUAAAUACAUGAAUAUAAUUGGUACGUUUUUGGAAAUACGUCACAUUACAAGGUACGUCUGUGCAUACUGAGCGCAUAGGAAGUGCAUAAGUAGAUUUGUGUGUUACCAGUGCUGCUUUCCAAGACAUUUUGUACCAUUGAGUGACAUUCAAAUACCGUUUAUUUUCACAAACAUGUUUAUGUAGUAUAGGCCGUGUUUUCAUGCUUUAUACCUUUUAAGAUUCCAUUUUAUUUUUGCAUGGUUUUGAAGAACGUGUGUGAAAGCGCCUGCUGUCCUCAUCACACACUCCUAAUCCUCAGGUGACCAGUCAUGUGAAGUACUACCUACACACAUCUGCACUACCCAAGAGCUGCUAACUCCACACUGCACCUUUGCUACCUCUACCAGUCAGGCUCUAAUGUAAUGUCAGCAUGUUCCCUUAGGGACCAAAGACAUUGGGAUGGGGAGUGAAACAGUUCUCGCCCAUUUUCAGAUUGCCAACACAACUGUCGCAACCGCUGCAUGAGUGUAUCAUACUGUCAUUUACAAGCUGCACUCUGAUUAGGCUGUCCAAAUGAACAGGGUCCAUAAUUCACACAAAACUGAGUCCAAGAAUAAAUUAAAGCUAGAGAGGGCCAGCUAGAAUGCUCUUAUUAGCAUAAAACUAACCAGCAUUUAUUAAUCUCUCAUAAUGUUAAGUCUGGACAGCUGGACUUGUGGUGUGACCACAGACACUUUUAGCCUGUCUGUUAGUUCAUGUUUGUCAUGUAAAUACCCAGCCACUGGGGUUGCACAAGUCAGUGCAUACUUAGUGCCAGUCCCAAGCCUGGAUAGAUUGGAGAGGGUUGCAUCAGGAAGGGCAUCCGGUGUAAAAUCUAUGCCAAAUCAAAUGUGCAGAUCAUAAAUUGGGACAGGAUGGAAGCAGAGGAUCCGCUGUGGCGACCCCUAACGGGAGCAGCCGAAAGAAGUCAUCGUCAGUUCUAAAUGUCACUUGGACAGCUCAAAACAUUCACAGACGAUUAUCUAAUAACUUAGUCAUUGUUUACAGUAUAGCAUUUUAAGAAAUUAAGCAAUUCUCAAUCAUACAGGUUAUGCCAUCCAAUCCAGUGAAGUCUCUUAACUAAAUAAUACAUGGAAUUACGGAUAAAUUAAUUGCCAAACUAUUGAAUGUGCCCAGUUAUUUGAAGAAACAGUCUACUUUUACUUCUUCUAACUGCCAUGUGCAGUGAGAAUCACCUGGGCACAUUCUUGUGUGUGCACACAUUCAAGGAGCAUGUUAUGUAUUAGCAAUAAAUAUCACUGUCAUAUGGCCAUAUUUCCUCUUCUGCUCACCUUGUACACAUGGUGGGCCCAAUGUAUAUCAUAUAGAGUCAUCCAGGUUUUCUGUCUUCUAAAGCUGGGAGGAGUGUCAUCUUUUUUGUUUUGCCUUGGUGAGUAUAAUUUUUUUUUUUUUAAUCCACAUUCAUUGGAUAUGAGCAAUCUCGCGCUCUGAUUGGCUACUUUACUACGAGGCUAUCAGCUUGUAUACCAUGAGUAAAGGAAAAACAAAAUGGCGAAGCGCAUCAAGUCAAAUACAUCACUUUAUCAAGUAUUUAAAAGAAAAAGAAAUAGCAAAAAGAAUCCCCCCCCCCCAAAUAUCUCCUGCUCCACACUUCAGCCCAGUCGGUGGCAGUCAUGCACCUUUAAGUUGGUUUGCCAAUCCCCAAAAAAACCCUAAAGAAGAAGAAAAUGGUGGCGCGUGUUGCCGAACCAACCAAAGAUUAAAUAAAAACUCUACUCGAAAACAAAACCACAAAAAAUACAAAAAAAGCAACAAAAUAUGGAAUAAAAGUAUUUGAUGGUAAGAAUGUAUCUUUUUUCAAGAAUUAUUAUAGCAUUUUUCACAAAUUGCUACUGUCUUUUUGCCAGUUUGUUUACGUUCUAAGUGGAAAUUAUUUUGUCAUACGUUUUGUAUAAAGUUAUUUACUGAAUUUGCAAAAAAUAAAAACAUGCUCUCCUGCAUCAAUGAAAAUAAAUAAGAAUGAUCUCCAGCAUCUCCAAAAUCCAGUGAAUGUGGAUAGAAUAAAACAAUUAUUCCACUCAAUCAUAUUGUACAUGGCUUAUAGCCAACUUAGGCCAUCAGCUCACGUACAACUCGAUUUCAUGGGAUAACUGUUAAAUACAUUCCUACCACCCUUUUUUCGUAGAUCAGUACAGCACUCUGUGGUACCUAUUAUUUUUGAGUUGGCCUUCCCCUGUUAGCAUUGCUAGCCUUAUUUCUAAUUCUCACCACACUACCAUGCAGCUGUGGGGCAGGAUUUGGUUUCCCAUCCUUAUGAUGGAACCCUUGUUCUCUUCACUUGGGCUGUACUGCCCCAUUUUUUUACACUAAGGAGCCAUACUGCAAGAUUCACGCUUGUGUAACCGGUGUAUGAAUUGUUUGGAAGCCGAAGACUGGUACCAGCUAGGUGUUCACUGCCUCAUCUAAAAGACAGGGUAUGACUCUCACAGGUCCUGCAUGGUGAAGCUAAUGUUAACACCGUGUGGUUGACUGGACCAUACAAUUGAACUGCCAUGUUCAACCUUAGACUCAGUACCAUCUGAAUAUAGAUCUGAGUCAGUCCCUGCUAGCUCGCAGAAACUGGAAACAGGCAGCAACUCUUAAAUUGGUGGUGGCUUUGAAUAGAAUGUGUCUGAUAUUUUCUUUCAUGGCUGAAUGAGAUGGCCGAGACCAGUUUUGAUCCAUUACAAUGGAAUAGCCAUACGAAAACAGAGUGGAUUGGUUGAUCCAUCCAUCCAUUAUCCAUAACCACUUAUCCUGUGCAGGGUCGUGGGCAAGCUGGAGCCUAUCCUUGCUGAUUAUGGGCGAGAGGCAGGGUACACCCUGGACAAGUUGCCAGAUCAUUGCAGGGCUGACACAUAGAGACAAACAACCACUCACACCUACAGUCAAUUUAGAGCCACCAAUUAGCCUAACCUGCAUUUCUUUGGACUGUGGGGGAAACUGGAGUACCUGGAGGAAACCCACACAGACAUGGGGAAAACAUGCAAACUCCACACAGAAAGGCCACCAUCGGCCACUGGGCUCGAACCGAGAACCUUCUUGCUGUGAGGCGACAGUGCUAACCACUACACCACCAUUCCGCCCAAAUUGUAGAUUUGAGAAGUCUAAAUUGGUUCCUCUGCUCAGGUUCUCAAACGUAAUCCAAGCUGUGCACUGACAAGACCAGUUUCCAUUGCUGGACUAAUGUGAUGUUUAUUUCCAUACCACAGAGCACAGGUGCUUUAUAAGGCAUGCCUUCGUAGUACAGGGAUCUUGCAGGCCCUUAGGUGGGAAAGAUGGGGAAAAGCCCUUAGCUUUUUCUUGAAUGGUGUUAACCCUAUAGGCUGGAUUCAUAGCAUUGCCAGAACCCAUGCACACUGAAGGAGUAUGUGGCAGCGAUCUCCCCUUUAAGGGCACCUUUGUGAACCUAUGCACGAUGCCAAACUGAAAUGAGCAUCUCUGCCUUUUUGCUAACAACCACUGCCUUUUUGCUCAUGGUCACUGGGACAAAAAUGAGAGAACUGGAUGCUCUGCUGAUUAGUUCACCUUGUUUGCAUUGAUGGACCAGUUACUCUGGGAUUGUGGCUGAAUUCCAGGAUUCCUGACCACGGUCAUAUCAGACAGUGUUGUCACUCACUUGAUUAACUUUGAAGCGUUCCAUGAAUCCUCAUAAUCCUUGCUGUGCAUGGUAUGCACCCUAUGGUACUAUUUGUAGUAUACCAGAUGGCAGCUAUCCAAUUCUCAGACCAACUGUUCAUCUGAAAGAUAUGAGGGGCUCCAUUUUGUAAGCAGAGACUGGCCCACUAGGUGCUGGACACAUCAUUAGGGCAUACAGAUGGGCCAGACGCCCAACCUUCAUGAUAUUCCACUCUAAGAGGAGUGUCUCCUUCUCUUGGACAGUAUUCUGAGGAGUGCCACUCUAGGUAGUCUGUGCUGUUUCUACCUUUCUCCAGGGUGGACAAGGUUAAUAUUAUCCCUUCAGGGAUGCAAGUGUGGCGGUCAUCUGUGAUCAGAUUUCUUAUUAGUCAUAAGGUGAGUCCAAUUCCUCAUAACCUUGUGUCCUAGUGAUUCUCCAAUUUCCUGGCACUUGCAAGGAGGGAACACUAAUUACAUAUGCAAAUGAGGUUCUAUGACCACUAAUGCCAGUAAAUGGCAGUAAGUCAAUCAAAGUCCUUCCCGUGCCAGGAUUUGGUCUUCCCAGGCAGUCUCCUGUCCCAGUACUAACCAGACCCUUAAGGCGCAUUGGGCGCAAUCUCCACUUCUAUAGACCUCAGCCUCUCACCUAUACAGCUAGGGUUACAUUGGGGGUUAGUCCUCUGGUAACUGUGAGAGUUUGACUCCCUACUCGCAUCUGUAUUGCAGCGUGUCUUGCCAGACGGCAGUAAGGUACCAUUUUUAUGAUGGUCUUUGGUAUGACCCAACCACGAGUAGAACUUGCAAUCUCCCUAUUGAGAGGCAGACACACUAACCACUAGGCCAGCUCACAGUAGAUAAGUAAGUAAAUGACUUUAAAUGCUUGGGUACAAUCUGAUGAGCAAGACAUAAAAAUUAGAAAAGCGUUUGCAUGGAAAGCUCUGAGUAAAAUGAAAACUGUGUGGAAAUCUAAUUUAUACCAUAGUGUAAAGCUGUCAUUUUUCAUUGCUACAGUUGAAACAGUGCUAUUAUGUGGAUCAGAAAGCUGGACUUUAACAAAACAACUUGAACCGUCACUAAAUGGUACUUAGGAAAUAAUGCUAAGAAAAGUACUCAAUGUCAGAUGGCAAGAUCACAUUCCAAAUACAGUUCUGUACGGAGAAUUACCAUCUAUUUGCAGCAAAAUAGCUGUCAGGAGAAUGGGUGUUGCUGGUCAUGGUCAUUGUCAUUCUAAGAUUGCAGUCGACAAAGUCUUACUGUGGGAACCUGUGCAUGGGCAAACGCAUUGUGGUAAACCAAUCAAGACAUACACUGACGUACUGAAAGAUGAUGUUGGUGUCAACAUGAAAGAAGAAUUCGCAGCACAGAAUGAGACAGCUGGCUCGCCCGUGGGCGGCCUUAGUAAGUAGUAAGUAAUAAUUGCCAGAGUUCAUCAUUAUUCUGAACUGGUGUUCCAAUAGCAAGAACUAAGUGAGAAACUUCCAGGAACAAUUGGCUGUAUGACAGUGGUAUUUAUUGUAAAUUUAUUGCAAAUAUUCUCAUAUGCCACUUUGUGACUUUAUAAAAAGGUCUCGGUACACAUGCAUGCGCGCGCACACAAAAUAAUGUAUCCCAGUGAUUCUCGCUGCACCUGACAGUUAUCCAGUGCUCAUUAAAUAACAGUUACGUAUGUAACUACCAUUAUGAAAACAGUUUUCAGUAUUUUCAUAUUCAGGUUUGGCUUGUAUCUUUUCGUCUAAUAUUCUUGCCAGUCAUAAGGCUGUAACAGGUACUUCUGUUGUUGUUUUUUUAAACCCAUUUUUAAAGGGUAUAAACUCCAAGAAUGUUUGCUUUCGACAAAUGAAACCUGACGUAUUGUCUGAGCCAUAGAGCUUUUUUCACACUUUCACUCUUGCCUAGAGAUAUUUGAAACUAAAAACUGCUUUUUGCACUUUUCAUGCUACUGUACACAAAGACAAUCUUUUAUAAAGCCCAUUUGAUGAAAUGUCAUGUUACUUCACAACUUUGUUGGUCCAAAUGUGGACAUAUCAUAAUUUUGUACUGCACGGUCAGUUUAUAUGCUCCGUUUGAAAAGGCUCGUCAUCUCGUGUUCAACUAAAACUCCAGGGAUGAAUUCUGUUUCAAAAUGAACGAGAUGCUGGGAAUACUGCGUCUGUCACUCACUGCCAUGGCACACUCACUGAUUCAGUCAUGAAUUGUGUUUUGUAUUAUUUUUCUACAUCGUAAAACACUGCAUCUGCAUCACUUGCAUAGCACGAAUGCUUGAAACCUGCACAAAGCCAAACUGCUUUGCACCACACUUUACCAACAAGGGCUCUGAGAAACAUUUCUGGUAUCACACACUGCAAUGUCCUCAAUGAUCUCAUUUUCAUAUUUGGAAUUUGGAAAAUGUAGGCAUCAAACGGGCUGUACAAAAUAUGCAUUUGAUGAGAACACACUAGCUGUUUUUCAGCCAACAUGAUUGAUAAGCCAGGAUUGCUGUACUGUAUAGCAGCAGGAGGUUAUAGAAAUGAGACCAAACUUUAAAGCUAAAUUUCAAGACUUCACAUACAGUCAUUUGUAUUUCAAAUACAUUUCCUUGCCAUUUGCUCCAUUCAUGUCAUUUUAAAAUCCUUAAAAUUAGGUAUAGGGCAUUCAAAUGUACACAAGUCCUUUUGCAUCGAACAGCAGUUUUAUUAGGAAAAUUGUGUCAAAUUAUGUUACAAAGACAAAUUUCCAAGAGGCAAUGUAAAGGUUUUAAUUAAAAUGGUUUAUUUUCAUAUAGUGGUUGUGUACAUGACAUCGUACCCUUUGUUCAAUAACUAUUUAUUUAAAGUAUUCUGAGAUCUGCCUGUAGCUCAUUGCCCAGAAUUGCCAGUUUUGUAUCGAUGGACAAUCUGUUUUUGUACAUUAGCUUUUCUCUCUUGUUCUUGGCCUGGAUUAUUUUCUAACCAAAUAAACUGUUUAAAAA